CUUUUAUCCCUGUUGCUCUUGUUGCUCUUGUUCUUGUUCUUAUUGUUCCUGUCACUCCUUUAUUCCUUUUUUUCUUUGCGUUCUUCCAUUCUUUACGAUGCGAUUGUGGUCAAUUGUGGCCUUUCUGGCCAUCUGCACCAUGGCUGCAGCGGCCAGCAUGGAAGAUCUGGCCAAGGCUUUGCCGCCAUGUGCUCUGCAAUGCUUCAUGAAAGCGAUUCCUGCGUCUCCGUGCGCUGCGACAGACCAGACCUGUCUCUGUACAGACCCGGGCUUUAAUGCAGACGUCGAGACCUGCGUGCUGGGCGCUUGCACCAUUCGCCAGGGCCUAACGACCAAAAAUGUCACCUACACGAUGUGCGAUAUGCCCGUCCGCGACCGCACCCAUAUCGUUUCGAUAUGUGGUCUUGCGGGCUUAGGACUGGCGUUCCUUGCCUUUGCUUUGCGCAUUGUUGCCAGACUUCCCUGCUGUGGAGGGCAGCUUGGUUGGGAUGACUGGACCAUGGGGCUGACAAUGAUAUGCGUUAUUCCGCUCUCAGUCUUGUCGUGGGUCUUGGCCGAUGAUGGGCUUGGUCUUGAUAUGUGGAGGGUGCCAUUCGACAAGAUCACUCAUAUUCUCUACGUUUACUUCUGGGAUGAGUUGCUUUACCUCACCGCGGUUGGGAUGACCAAGAUAUCCAUUCUCUGCUUCUAUCUGCGCGUGUUCCCCCGCCGCGAGAUUAGGAGGCUCAUAUACGGCGCCAUUGGCCUCAACGUUUGCUACAUCCUCGUGUUCAACAUCAUUACGAUAUUCCAGUGCAACCCGGUCCAGGGCGCCUGGCUCCGCUGGGAUGAGGAGCACAACUUCAAAUGCAACAACGUCAACGGGCAGGUCUGGUGUUCUGCUAUCUUCAACAUCAUCCUCGAUGUCAUGGUCAUGGCACUGCCUCUGCGCGAGCUUUGGAUGCUCAAUCUGUCCUGGCGGAAGAAGGCCUUUGUUAUGUGCAUGUUCUCUCUCGGAAUCUUUGUCACCCUGAUCAGUGUCAUCCGCCUUGACGCGUUGAUCGUCUUCGCCAACACUCAAAACCUCACCUGGGACUACGUGAAAGUGGGCUACUGGAGCACCAUUGAAGUCCAUGUUGGAGUGAUCUGCGCCUGUCUGCCGGCUCUGCGGUCGCUGUUCCGACGCAUUAUGCCGUCCAUCUUUGGGGAUACGCAAGCUGGCACAUCCCAGAGGGGUAGGACAAAGUCAACCGGAACAGGUUCCCGUAUCCAUGGACACCAGCACACCCAUCGCAGCUCCAACUCCAGCGCCGAGUAUGACUAUAUCGUCGUCGGCUCUGGUGCUGGUGGUGGCCCCCUUGCUGCUCGUCUGGCACGCGGUGGACACAAGGUCCUUCUGAUUGACGCUGGCGACGACCAGGGUGAUGCUUUGCCGCAGCAGAUUCCGGCUAUGCAGCUGCACUCUACUGACUAUGAGCCGAUGCGAUGGGACUACUUCGUGAACCACUACGAGGAUCUCGAGCGGCAAAAGAAAGACCACAAGAUGGUCUACCGGACCUCUGACGGCGAGCUGUACCGAGGGCUUAACCCCCCUGAGGACGCUGAACCGCUGGGCAUUCUGUAUCCUCGUGCUGGUACUCUCGGCGGAUCCACGACGCACAAUGCCAUGGUUACAAUCUACCCGUACGAGCGCGACUGGGACGACCUCGCUGCACUGACAGGCAACGAGACCUGGAAGGCCGACAACAUGCGCGACUACUAUAAGCGUCUCGAAGACAACCGUUAUGCCCCAAGCGACAUCGUCAACCACGGAUUCGGCGGCUGGCUCCAGACCUCGCUGACCCAGCUCACCCUCGUCGUUGAAGAUCUUAAGCUCCUCUCCCUCGUCAUUGCCGCUGGUACAGCCGCAGGCCAGAACCUCGUUGGCAAGGUCCUCAACACUGUUACCGGCCUGGCAGGCAUUCUGGGCCGCGAUCUCAACACCGGCUUCUCGUGGAGGGACAAGGAUAUGGGACUCUUCCAGGUUCCUCUCGCUGUCAAGGUCCCAGAGUACAAACGCACGGGGCCUCGGGACUUCAUCAUGGACACCAUCGAGGAGGGAUACAAGCUCGAUCUGCAGCUCACCACCCUCGUCAAGAAUGUCAUCUUCGAUACAUCCGGUGCUACCCCCCGUGCUAUUGGUGUUGACUACCUCGAGGGCAAGAGCCUCUACCGUGCAGACCCCCGCGCUGGCUCCGCAAAGGCCGGAACCCCUGGAAAGGCCUUCGCAUCAAAGGAAGUCAUUCUCGCCGCCGGAACAUUCAACACGCCCCAAAUCCUCAAGCUGAGCGGUAUCGGCCCCAAAGCUGAACUGGCCAAGCACAACAUCGACACAGUUCUCGACCUCCCCGGCGUCGGCAAGAACAUGCAGGACCGCUACGAGACAACCCUCAUCGGCAAAUCCCCUACAGACUUCGUCCUAACCACAAAGUGCACGUUCCUUGAGGAGACCCCUGACCCUUGCUACGAGGACUGGAAGAACGGUGUCGGUUUCAAGGGAACGUACAUGACCAACGGCAUCGCUAUUGCCAUUAUCAAGAAGUCGUCUGUCGCCGAACACGACGAGCCGGAUCUGCUGAUCUCUGGUGCCCCUGGUAACUUCAUCGGAUACUACCCUGGCUUCCCGCAGGAGUGUCUCUCGGACGCCCAGCACUGGGCGUGGAUUGUGCUGAAGUCUCGCUCCCGUAACAAUGCAGGCACGGUUGAGCUGCGCUCCACAGAUCCCAGGGAUAUGCCGCUCAUCAACUUCCGCUCGUUUGACGAGGGUGUUACCACCGAUGGUGCGGACGAGAAGGAUCUACAGGCUGUCUAUGAGGCUAUGGAGUUCUCGCGGGAUAUUUUCGAUAACCUUGUCCCGCUGGAUGGGGAUUUCACUGAGUCCUGGCCUGGUCGCGAGAAUGUUACCAAUGAGAAGGAGAUGAAGGAUUGGAUUAAGAAGGAGGCCUGGGGGCAUCAUGCUUGCUGCACUGCGCCGAUUGGAAAGGAUGACGAUGAGAUGGCGGUUUUGGAUGGGGAUUUCCGUGUUAGAGGGGUUGAUGGACUGAGAGUUGUUGAUGCCAGUGUCUUUCCCAAGAUCCCUGGUUACUAUAUUGCGCUGCCUAUUUAUAUGAUCUCUGAGAAGGCCUCGGAUGUCAUUCUGGCUGAUGCUGGGAAGUGGUAAUUUACUGUUAAUAUAUUGUAAUACUACACUAUGAAUCUCAUUAACUUCUAAU